CCUCCACCAGCGCUCGGGCCAGCUGCCCUUAAAGGGGCCGCGGCGGAGUGGCCGUGCGCGGGGUGGACCCUGCUCCGACUCCGCCCUGUUUCCCCGCACUUCGUCCCACCUCACCCCUCCAUCCCCGCGUCCUCCCGCGGCCGGGCGGCGGCGGCUGCGCGGCGGGGUCAGGCCGCCUGGGCAGAGGUGUGUGCGCCGCGGACGGCGGUGCUGGACUUUUCCACCGCGCAGCAUCCCUGACGUCGGGGACCCGGCGGAGGGCGGCCCCGCUCGGGGUAGCGCAGAGGACUCGCCCUCCCGAGCUCGCCCCAGCGGGGUCUGCGCCAGCUGACCGCCGCCCCCGCGCCGCUCCCAGGCGGGGCUCUCUGGGGGCCGCAGGGCCGCGGCCAUGGACAAGAUCCUGGAGGCGGUGGUGACGUCGUCGUACCCGGCCAGCGUGAAGCAGGGGCUGGUGCGGCGCGUGCUGGAGGCGGCGGCGCGGCAGCCGCUGGAGCGCGAGCAGUGCCUGGCGCUGCUGGCGCUGGGCGCGCGCCUCUACGUGGGCGGCGCGGACGAGCUGCGGCGCCGCGUGGGCUGCCAGCUGCUGCACGUGGCGGGCCGCCACCACCCGGCCGCCUUCGCCGAGUUCUUCUGCGCGCGCCGCGUGCUGCGCCUGCUGCAGGCCGGCCCGGGGCCCCCCGGCGCGCGCGCGCUGGCCUGCGUGCAGCUGGGCCUGCAGCUGCUGCCCCCCGGGCCCGCGGCCGACGAGUUGGCGGCGCUGCUGCAGCGCGAGGUGCUGCGCGCCGUGUGCGAGCGCCCGGGCCCGGCCGCCUGCGCGCAGCUGGCGCGGCUGCUGGCGCGGCACCCGCAGUGCCUGCCCGACGGCCCGCAGCGCCUGCUCCUCUGCCGCCAGCUGGUGCGCUGCCUCGGCGCCUUCCGCUGCCCGGCCGAGGGCGACGCGGGCGCCGUGGAGUUCCUGGAGCAGGCGCAGCAGGUGAGCGCGCUCCUGGCGCAGCUGUGGCGCUCGCAGCCCGCCGCCGUCCUUCCCUGCCUCCGGGAGCUGUUCGCCGUCAUCUCGGCCGCAGAGGAGGAGCCCCCGUCCAGCGCCCUGGCCAGUGUGGUGCAACAUCUGCCCUUGGAGCUCAUGGACAGCGUGGUCCGCAACCUCAGCAACGACGACAGCGUGACCGACUCCCAGAUGCUGACGGCCAUCAGCAGGAUGAUUGACUGGGUGUCCUGGCCCCUGGGGAAGAACAUCGACAAGUGGAUCAUCGCCCUGCUCAAGGGCCUGGCCUCCGUGAAGAAGUUCAGCAUCCUGAUCGAGGUGUCGCUGGCCAAAAUCGAGAAGGUUUUCUCCAAGCUCUUGUACCCAAUCGUCCGGGGAGCCGCCUUGUCUGUCCUCAAGUACAUGCUCCUGACCUUCCAGCACUCCCACGAGGCCUUCCACUUGCUGCUCCCGCACCUGCCCACCAUGGUGGCCUCCCUGCAGCAGGAAGGCUCCUCCUCGGGGAGCAGCUGCCUGGAGCAGCUCUCGGAGCUGGUGCACUGCAUGGUGUUCCGCUUCCCCGGCUUCCCCGACCUGUACGCGCCCGUCAUGGAGGCCAUCAAGGACCUCCACAUUCCCAGCGAGGAGCGCAUCAAACAGCUGCUGGGACAGGACGCCUGGACCUCACAGAAGAGUGAGCUGGCCGGCUUCUAUCCCCGACUCAUGGCCAAGUCAGACACGGGCAAGACAGGCCUCAUCAACCUGGGCAAUACCUGCUUCGUGAACAGCGUCCUGCAGGCCUUGUUCAUGGCUUCCGACUUCCGCCACUGUGUGCUCCGCUUGACCGAGAACAACUCGCAGCCGCUGAUGACUAAACUGCAGUGGCUCUUUGCCUUCCUGGAGCACAGCCAGCGGCCAGCCAUUUCUCCAGAGAACUUCCUUUCUGCGUCCUGGACCCCCUGGUUCAGUCCCGGCACCCAGCAGGACUGCUCUGAGUACCUCAAGUACCUGCUGGAUCGGCUGCACGAGGAGGAGAAGACCGGGGCCAGGAUCUGCCAAAAGCUCAAGCAGUGCAGCUCCCCGGGCCCGCCGGAGGAGCCCCCACCCCCCACUUCCACGUCUGUGGAGAGGAUGUUUGGGGGCAAGAUCGUGACAAGGAUCCGCUGCCUGCGCUGCCUCAACGUCUCCUCCCGGGAGGAGGACUUCACGGACCUGUCUCUCGCCUUCCCCCCGCCCGAGCGCGGCCCCCGCCGCCGCCGCCUGGGCUCCGCCGUGCUCCGUGCGCCCGAGCUCGGGGCCCAGGACCUUCCGACGAUGGCAGCGCCACGGCAGCGGAAACACUGCAUCACCGGAGACGCGCCCCCCAGCCUCCUGGACCUUCAGGGCCUGGGCCGGGGGGAACCUGGGGGGCAGAGCCGCUGCGAGAGGGAGGCAAGGGAGGAGCCCGCGGAAGGGCGGGAGGAGGGGGAGGAGCAGGAGCAGGAGAAGGAGGAGCAGGAGCAGAAGGAGGAGGAGGAGGAGGAGGAAGAGGAGGAGGAGGAGGAGCAGAAGGGGGAAGAGAAGCAGAAGGCGGAAGAGGAGAAAGAGAAGGAGGAGCAGGUGCAGGAGAAGGAGGUGCAGGAGGAGAAGGAGGCCGCGCGGGGGGAGCCGGGGGAGGCGCGCGCUGAGCCCGCGCCCGCGCCCGCGCCCGCGCCCGCGCCCCCCGCGGCCCCCGACGGCCCCCGCUCCGUGCUGGACCUGCUCAACUACUUCCUGUGCCCCGAGCGGCUGACGGCCGAGAACCGCUACUUCUGCGAGCCGUGCGCGUCGCUGCAGGACGCCGAGCGCGCCGUGGAGCUGAGCCGCGGGCCGCGCUACCUCAUCCUCACGCUGCUGCGCUUCGCCUUCGACCUGCGCACGCGGCGGCGCCGCAAGAUCCUGGACGACGUGGCGCUGCCGCUGCUGCUGCGCCUGCCGCUGGCGGGGGGCGGCGCGCGCGCCUACGACCUGUGCAGCGUGGUGGUGCACUCGGGGCUGUCCUCCGAGAGCGGCCACUACUACUGCUACGCGCGCGACGGCGCGCCCCGGCCCGCGCCCCAGUGGUACCUGUUCAACGACACGCGCGUGUCCUUCUCCUCCUUCGAGUCGGUCAGCAACGUCACCUCCUUCUUCCCCAAGGACACGGCCUACGUGCUCCUCUACCGCCAGCGGCCCCCCGACGGCGGCGGCGGCGGCGACAGCGACGCCGAGCCCAGCGCGCCCAGGCCCCGCGCCGAGCCCGCGCUGCACCGGGACCUGAUGGAGGCCAUCUCCAGAGACAACGCCCUGUACCUGCAGGAGCAGGAGCAGGAGGCGCGCAGCCGGGCGGCCCACAUCACCGCGCCGCCCUCCCCGCCGCCCUGGGGCCGGGGCUCCGACGAGGAUGAGGAUGAGGACGAGGGCCCCCCGGGGGGCUGCAACCCUGCGGGGGGCGGUGGCAGCGGAGACUUCCACAGACUGGUCUUCUAGAGGACCGCGUGCGCCGAGACGCCCGCACCCACAAGACCCAUCGACUCUGACCCCGUGCCCGCGCGUGCGCGUGCGCCCCUGGAGACGAUGAGGACCCGGGAGGGGGCAGCGGGCAGCAUCAACCCUCCGAAGACCACCUCGCAGCCCCCUUGGCCGGCGAGGCCCUUGGGCACCGCGAAGGACGCCGUGCCCCACUGCUAGCUUGGUACCCGGGACGGGUCAGGCGCAGCUGACCGAGCCCGAAAGGCAUGUCGGUGGGAAGCAGCUUCACAGGAGGGAGACGAGACCCCCUGUCCUGCAUCCUCCCUCAGCAUCCUCCUCGCGGCCAUGCGGAGGGCGGGGCAGCCCGUACGUGGGGGACCCUGCACCCCUCAAGAGCAAUGUGCAACCCUCCUCAGUGGGUACCCUGUGCCCUGCCUGCCCUCCCCCCCGCCCCCCGCAGCAUUGCGCGCCCCUCCCAGCGGGGACCCUGCGCCCCGCCCCGCCUCAGUGCCUGACAUGCUCCUUGCACCCCCUCUGGUGAGCGAGGGCCACCGCAGACUGUUCUUGAGAAGCCAGGGCCUGUCCGUCCUGAGGAAGCUGCUGGUUCAGCACCACGGGGGGCUUCAGCCCUGGCUGGGGGCGCCCUGACCUCAGUGUGCCUGGCACCGCGGGGCCCCUUCGAGAGGGAGCCGAAACCCAGGUUUCCGGUAGAAAUAAACGUAGUUCUCAAA